AUGGCUCAAAGGGCCUUCCCGAAUCCUUAUGCCAAUUAUAACAAAUCCCUGGCCAAGAGCUACUUUGAUUCUGCUGGGAGGCUGAUGCCCGAGUUCUCACAACGCUUGAUCAACAAGAUUCGAGAGCUGCUUCAGCAGAUGGAGAGAGGCCUAAAGUCAGCAGACCCUCGGGAUCUGUAUGAUGUUUUCGGGGACCCUGCCUACCUGCAGACGGCACAUGGCUACGUAAAGCAAAGUCUGAACUGUUUGUCCAAGCGUUCCAUCACCUUUCUCUGUGGGGACGCAGGCCCAUUGGCAGUGGCUGCUGUGCUGUAUCACAAGAUGAACAAUGAGAAGCAGGCAGAAGAUUGCAUCGCACAGCUAAUUCACCUAAAUAAGAUUGUUCCACAUACUCCAAGUGAAAUGCUGUAUGGACGAAUGGGGUACAUCUAUGCUCUUCUUUUUGUCAAGAAGAACUUUGGAGAGGAGAAGAUUCCUCGAAGCCAUAUUCAGCAGAUUUGUGAAACAGUUUUAACCUCUGGAGAAAACCUAGCUAGGAAGAGAAACUUUACAGCAAAGACUCCACUGAUGUAUGAAUGGUACCAGGAAUAUUAUGUGGGUGCUGCUCAUGGCCUGGCAGGAAUUUAUUACUACCUAAUGCAGCCCAGCCUUCAAGUGAGCCAAGGGAAGUUGCAUAACUUGGUCAAACCCAGCGUGGACUAUGUCUGGCAGCUGAAAUUUCCUUCUGGCAAUUACCCUCCAUGUGUGGGUGAUAAUCGAGAUCUGCUUGUCCACUGGUGCCAUGGUGCCCCUGGGGCAAUCUACAUGCUCAUCCAGGCCUACGAGGUAUUCAAAGAGGAGCAGUAUCUCUGUGAUGCCUAUUAGUGUGCUUAUAUGAUCUGGCAGUACGGGUUGUUGAGGAAGGGAUGUGGGCUGUGCCAUGGUGCUGCGGGGAAUGCCUAUGCCUUCCUGACAUUGUACAACCUGACACAAGACAUGAAGUGUCUGUACAGGGCCUGUAAAUUUGCUGAAUGGUGCUUAGAUUAUGGAGAACAUGGAUGCAGAACACCGGAUACUCCUUUCUCCCUCUUUGAAGGAAUGGCUGGAACAAUAUAUUUCUUGGCUGACCUGUUAGUCCCCACGAAAACCAGGUUCCCUGCCUUUGAACUCUAAAAAGAAAGCAUGCCCCCUGCAACUUAAGCAUGAUCCUUUCCGUGUAUUCAAAGCUGGCUGUGUACUUCCAUGCUUUUCAAGAAAACAGAAUCAAAGGUGUACUUGGUUGAUUUUUUUUUCAAAAU